AUGGAGAAAGGCAUCAGUCACCUUUGGUCACUUCCAACAGCUCCAACCAGCUUUUCUUCAGCUUCCAGCUUCAAUCUUCAAUCACCAAAUCUUCAAUCAAGAUGAACUCCUUCGUGUGCUUCGCUCUCCUCGCUCUGGCUGCCACCGCUCUGGCCACACCCACCAAUGUUGGAUCUUCGGCCACCAGCGGCUCCACCGUCUCCCUGUCCGCUCAGGAUGGCGAGGUUGAGGGCAUCACCAACCAGGGCUACGGCGAUCUGACCCGUCUGCGCAAGUCUGCCUACGGUGGCAGCUCCAGCGGCGGCAGCUAUGGUGGCUCCAGCAUCCCUGCCCCACCCUGCCCCAAGAACUACCUGUUCAGCUGCCAGCCCAACCUUGCCCCAGUCCCAUGCAGUGCUCCCGCACCUAGCUACGGAUCCGCUGGUGCAUACUCCGCCCCGGUGGCCACCUAUGUCGCACCCAACUAUGGCGUGCCCCAGCACCAGCAACAGCUCUACAGCGCCUAUGUGCCCCAGCAGUUCAAUGGCUACCAGUACUAAGGAUCGAUCAAAGGAUUCCCAUUAAUGGAACACGAAUACGACUGUCGAACUAAACACACAAAAAUCUUUUGCCAGGUUUUCAGAAAA